AUGGCAUAUAAUCCUAAUCCUCCGAUGACACUUUCAACUGUACCUAUGCUCAACCCGAGCAACGUGUAUAGCAAUCCAAUGAUGCAUCUACUAACAAGAAUUCCGUCGUCAGUAUCAUUAAAACUGACUGUGGGCGGAAUUUUUUAUAUCAUCCUUGGACUAGUUGCAAUUGGAUUGGAUAUAGGUAUUAUUGUUAAUGCAUUGAUGAGUUUUGGUGGUAUUAUCAAUGGUGUGUAUUUAUUUACUACUGGGAUACUCAUCUUACAUUUGUGCCGCCAUGAAGUUUUUAUGUACACUGAGUGGAAUCGUUUUUAUUAUUAUUUUGAUUGA